AAUCAGUCAAUGGACUGGAACGUUUGCUGCAUUGCAGUUCCAUUUUCUAACACUAGAGGGAGAUAUUUUAAAAAUAAUUUCAAGGCGCUGAUUGUUCUUCCACCAUUGGAGACUACUGUUUACAGUUAUGCUUCUGUCUACACGGCAAACGGACAUUAUGCAGCUGAACUGAGAAGACUUUCUUUACAAGUUAUCUCCAAACAUCCAACCAAAAUGCGGGAGUUACCGAGAGUGCGUUAUGCCGACUGUAACAGUUCAGAGGCGAGUGAAGAGACGGUGAUCGCGGUAAAUAUCGGCGGGGUCAAGCACGUUCUGUACGGAGACAUGCUGAACCGAUAUUCCGAGACGCGCUUGGGGCAGCUGGCAGACAGAGCCACGGACUGCGCGCAAGAUCUCUCUGCGCUCUGUGAUGACUACGACUCAUCAAAGCGAGAGUUUUACUUUGACAGAGAUCCGGAGGCGUUCAGGUGCAUCAUGGAGCUUUAUUACUGCGGAGAGAUUCAUAUGAAAAGAGGAAUCUGCCCUAUGUGUUUCAUGAGAGAGAUGGACUUCUGGGGAAUCGAUGCGGAGUAUCUGGACGAGUGUUGUACAAGUAGUUUACACGAGGUGGAAACUGAGCUUGCAGAAAUUGCGGAGAAAGUAAAGACCAUACUGGACGAUCUGGAGGGAGAUGCUACGGCGAAUAGAGUCCAGAGGUGCCAAGUGUUCCUGUGGAAGCUCAUGGAGAAACCAGAGUCAUCAUUGGCCGCGCGCGUAAUCGCCAUCGUGUCUUUUGUCUUCGUCUUGCUUUCCUCUGUGGUCAUGUGCGUGGGCACCAUCCCGGAGCUGCAGGUGCAGAAUGCCGAUGGACACUUAGUGGAACACCCGACCCUCGAGUGCAUCGAGACGGCAUGCAUUAUUUGGUUCACCGUGGAAUACGUCCUGCGUUUCAUCUCCUCUUCUAACAAGGUGCACUUCAUGUUUUCCUUCAUGAAUAUAGUGGACUUUCUGGCCAUCAUGCCUUUCUACGUGGUGUUGAUUCUUACGCACCUGGGCACUGCUAUGAUGGAGCUGGCCAAUGUGCAGCAAGCAGUGCAAGCGUUGCGCAUCAUGCGCAUUGCGCGCAUCUUCAAACUGGCGCGCCACUCCUCGGGUAUCCAAACUCUAACUUACGCGCUUAAGAGCAGUUUGAAAGAGCUGGGCCUGCUGCUCAUGUACAUGGGCGUGGGGAUUUUUCUGUUUUCCGCGCUGGGGUACACGAUGGAGCAAAGCCACCCGGAGACCAUGUUCACCAGCAUCCCCCAGUCCUUUUGGUGGGCCAUCAUUACUAUGACCACUGUGGGUUAUGGAGACAUCUACCCAAAAACCACGCUGGGCAGGUGUAACGCCGCUGUCAGCUUUUUAUGUGGCGUGAUAGCGAUUGCGUUGCCAAUCCACCCGAUAAUUAACAACUUUGUCAUUUUCUACAGCAAACAGCGCGUGCUCGAAACCGCUGCCAAACACGAGAUUGAACUAAUGGCAUUACGCGCAAAGGAGGAAGUGCAAGGGUCCCCGGAUGAUGGUAAAAUGGCAGCACAGAGGACACGGGCAUCGGGUGGCAACAGCUCAGGGUGGGACAGUGCUGCUGUGAAUGCGUCACAUAGUGACACGUAUAUACCGUUACUUGGCGAUACAGCUAAGGGGUCCAAACGGCAGCCAGUGCACAAAUGCAAGGACAGCUGAGUGAUUUGCUCUUAAUAUUGUCAUGUUUGUAAAACAUAACUAAUCAAUAUGGACAGUUCACUGGGAAACAAUUUAAGCUUGACCAGUAAUGUGUAAACGUAAUUAUCAUUAUAUAACCAAUGUUUAGUUUAUUGAUCUUUUGGGGGAAUAAGUCCACAGAGCAUUAACCAAAACUUCGACAGAGCUUUUACAAUUUUGACCCAAGAAGGAUUUAUGUUUCUGUAUAAUCACAUUUAAGUAGUGUGUUUUUGUAGCUCACUUGGUAGAGCAUUGCAUAGAUUGCAUAGAGUCAACAAACAAUAUAUAUUAACUGUUUACAGUACCUGUUAAAUGAAUGUACAUAAUACAAUAUGCCAUUUCAAAUUUAAAAUCUUGUAACUACUAUUGCCAUGAACAACCACUUCAACUGUAAUGAUUAAAACGACCCCCUCCGAUCACAUCCAGUUCAGAUAGACUUGAAUGAUCUGUACUUUUUUUCUCUAAAAUCUAGAUGUUUUAAUCCAGUCUUCUUAUUAAACAACGGCGUAU